AUGUCUACUAUCCCUCAGGGCCCCGUCGAGGCACGUUCACUGUCGUCGGUCACCACUAUCGCAUCGAAUCCCCCCGCCUACCCUCGCAAUCCAACUCACGAGAAGCACGAACCGCUCUCUUUGUACAUUGUGCGUGUGCCAGGAAGCAAAGACAUUUUCCUCUCACCUCUCAAACCCCCGACCAAAUCCAGUGUCUCUGCCGAGGCGAUCAAUGCCUCUCUAUACUAUCUCCAUGUCGCGACUCCCGAAGAUGAUACCCUGCUCCAGGAAGUGGAAGAAGAGCGAGAAGAGGAGGCCCAGUUGCGCAAGGAGCGUCUCGCGAAAGCGGGAGUCGACGACCCGGUACAACGCGAGUUCGCGCGGCUGAAUAAUGUGCGCCGGAAACCAGUUGGUGGAGGAGGGGACCUCAACACCGAGCCUUCGCUGGCACCGCCUAAACAGGAUGCCACUGCUCCUUCCGCCUUGCCAUUACGUCCAACCCCUGCGCUGCAGGAUGAAAUAGCUUCUCCGGCCUUGCCACCGCGUCCAAUCCCUAUGCCGCAGGAUGACACCGCGCAGGAUGCCGCUGCUCCUCCCGCCCUGCCACCACGGCCAGUACCUAUGCCGCAGGUUACUGCGGAGAAUGUAUCUUUCUCCGGGACUCCGGUCGCCAACAUGCAGCCUCCUUUGACUAAUAAUACGUCUGGAGGGGUAUCAGUAGAAUCGGGUGGUAAGAGCGGUGUCUCGCGGCGACCUUUACCUCCCUUGCCGCCUGGUGAAGAGUCAUGGACCAAUUCUGCAGCAGGCGAGGACCCGUCUAAGAGGACAUCCCGAUGGAGCGCGUUUACGGAACAAUUGCAAAAUCGGGGAGAGAACUGGAGGGGAAAGUAUGAGGCAAAGUACGAGGCGUUUGGGGCUGGCCGUCAUAGCCUGGACUCUAAUAGACCGCAAUUGCGGCCUCGUUCUUCGCAUAACCGUACCGGAUCACCAUUAGGAAGCCCCGGGCAAUCUCCUAACCGGCAGAGAAACGCACAUGACGACCCUCCUAGCAAUGCUGGCUUUCAUAUCACGCUCAUCCGACGUGAUCCUACGUCCGGUACACAAUGGAAUGUGGCAACUAUAUCAACCCCGCGAAUGGACCGCAAUGCCGUCGAUAUCGAGAUUUCCACGCCGGGAUAUAACAGGUUCGCAGGCUCCAACGAGAUGCCUUCAUUAUCCAGCCUGGCGGCCAAUCUCCCGACGGGAAUCGGGCGCCUACCCAACUCUGUCAUUGCCCAAUCCUUAGCUGCUGAGCAACCAAAGGAGCAGCCGACUGGCCCACGCAAAUUCCACCGCCAACUCUGCGUAUCAAAACCAUUUGACGACUCCGUCGCCACAGAUAGCAGCAACGGCCACAACCCAGAUGGCCCAUCCUCAUCUAAGCUAAAAAGCGGCUACUACGUCUUCACUUCUCCCUGGAAUGGCACAUGUACCUUCACAAACAGCGUGAACGGCCGAAGCCUCAAAUGCAAGCACAUGAUCCCAACACCCGGCGGCUUCGUCCCUCCCAAUGGCGAAGCAGAAGCACCCCCCGCCGUAACCGUCGCCGAGCUCCGCUUCAACACCCCCUUCCAAGCAGCAAAUCUCCACUCUCAUGUCCACCACGCAAUCCAUAAACCCCACCCAAACCACCUCUCCCCCUUCACCCAAAGCCAAAUUCAGACCCCGUCCCUCUCCCGCCCAAAUGACAACCCAAACGACAACAACCCCAAUCCUGAAGGAGGACCCCUCCACCCAUCCUCCUCGAACAACAGCUUCGCAGCGGCAAAGCGCAACUCCCUCUCCCAAUUCCUAAACCCAAACACCUACGCCCGGCCCCGCGCACACACGGGACCAGGCUCAGCCCCACCUCAUCCCGCCUCGCCCCCCGCAGACUCGCGCGCAAACUUCAACCCCUCAACCCUCCUCCGCAGAACCUCUAUGCGUGCGCAACGCUUCGCGCGCCAGAACCAGCUCCACCCGGGUUCUCAGCCCCACUCGCACCGCAGUACGAGUAAUAGUAGCGGUGGGGAUUUGGAUUGUGAUUCCGAUGAGGAUCGCUUGGACUUUUCGCUGGCGAGGGAGAAUGCCGGCGGUGGGCUAAGGGGGAAGAGUGCGAAACUGGGGAAGUUGGUGAUUGAAGAUGAGGGGAUUAAAAUGCUUGAUCUGGUUGUUGCGGCUUGCAUGGCUGUUUGGUGGAGGGGGUAUUAUUAUUGA